UCAAAAACAAAAUGCUAUUCUUUAAUCCACAAACAUAUUAACAAAUGUGGACUUACGUUCCUAGAGAUUUUUUUAUUUAUUAUAUUAUAUACAAUGAGAGAGACUAGUUUUUUUUUUUUUUUUUUUACACCUUAAUUCAUUUUAUUGCGACAAAUAUGGGUCCAAGUAAACCAAUCCAUCCACUACUCACCACAAAUGUCGCAGGCCGCUGCCUUGCCAUGUUUUGGCGGCGUCAUGAGCUCGGUGGCCCGCCGGCCACAGCAGAGAGCAAAGAAGACGAAGGGCUUUGGAGGCGACAGAAAGGAACCUCUUUGGAGUUGCGUGAAGGGUUGCGGUGCCUGCUGCAAGCUUGCUAAAGGUUACUCCUUUGCCACUCCUGAAGAAAUCUUCACGGACCCUAAAGAUAUUGAGCUAUACAGAAGCUUGGUGGGCGCCGAUGGAUGGUGCGUACACUAUCAGAAAAACACACGCACUUGUUCUAUCUACUCUGAUCGUCCAUAUUUUUGUAGAGUGGAGCCCAAUGUUUUCAAUUCUCUUUAUGGAAUUGACGAGCAGAAAUUCAACAAGGAGGCAUGCAGUGGUUGCAGGGACACCAUUAAAGCAGUUUACGGUUCACAUUCAGAGGAGUUGGAUAACUUUAAUCGAUCUAUAAAGAAUUCAGUUUCUGCUGAAUUUGGUGUAAGCGCCGGAGAUGCUACAGGCUGCGAAGAGGUUUAGCUCCUACCCUUUAAAUUGUAUUGAUGGGCUAUGAGGGCUUUGCUAAUUUUCCUUGGCAUGAAAAGGCCUGCGAUGAAGUUUUUGGUUUACUGUAACUGGACCUUAGUAUGCCAUGAACGGUUCAGAUGUACAAAAACAAAAUGCACCCGGAUGUACCAUCUUUCUGUAAUUGCUUCGUUUUUAACUAAGCCAUUUUAAUUUUA